CAACACUUUUCUUUUCUUCAAUCGUGCGUUCGUGAAGCGGUUUAUAAACCAACAUCGUCUUCAGCUAACUGAAAACUCGCUGUCGAUGUUAAAUGACGUUAAAUAGUUUUGACGCUGUCAGAAACGUCAGCGAUCGCCUCCGUCAAACUCCAUUCACAGCUGUCUUCGGCAGAGGCUUGUUCCAGAUAAAACGCGCUUUCAGACUUGAUGUAAAUAACAGUCUCCGUCGACAGGUGGUUGACCGACCCGGCUCCCACACAGCGAGCACUCCAUCAUUCUUAGGAACAGUACGAGGCCACCGACCCUGAUAUGAGAACGAGAACUUAUCGCGAGUGUUCGAUUCCCCCACUUUCCUCAUCUAAUAACUAGAGUUAGCGAAGUCGGUCUGACCAGCAGGGAUUCAAAGUUUCACUGGCAUUAAAGAGAGAAACGGGAGAAGCUGCGGUUUCUGACUGAGAUCAGUUUUACAGUGACGCAGGGGGACUGCAGAGGUGCAGCCAUGGCAGAGGGGCCCGUUGCAUCGUCUGGGUUGACACAGUCGGUCUAUCAGAGCGAGGCACACCUGAGCACAGGGGCGGGGCUCCAGGAGGAGGACAGGUCCAGUCAGAUAAGUGAGUACUGCAAAGAGCUGCUGAUGAGAGGAAGAGAGGAGUUGACCUUCGAGGAGCUCCGAGCCGAGAGCUACAAUCAGCGGAGACAGAAGGAGAUGGACGAGAAACUGAGACAUCUGAAGGAGCUGAAGGAGCAGCUGGGUCAGGAGCUGGAGGAGAAGAGGAGACUUUUACUGCUCAGAUCAUCACAACAGCAGGUGGUUCAUGAACCCCCCACCUCUCAGACCGGGGACUCUGGUAGACCUCCAGCUGCCGCCUCCUUCCAGAUAUAUGAUGAGUGCCAGUCUGCUGCUGCACGUCCUGCUGGAAACUCUGAGCUGCAGGACGAUGUCUUCCUCCUCCCUGAUGAGAGAGGACUGUGUCUGAAGAUCCAGUAUCCUCGACCAGGUGGUGUCGGUGCCUCUCAACUCUCUCAGGUUGUUCCCGUCACAGAGUUUGUCUGCAGCUUCGUGACGAACCCUCAGAUGGAUGAACCUUUAAAGACGCACUCUCUGACUGAAGAUGUCCAGAUUAAAAACGCCUUCACCUCAGCCUCUGAAGAUCCUCUUGGGGGGGCGACUGAAGACCUCCAGACUCUGGUAGACUCCUGUCCCCCCUCCGUCCCUCAGAAACCAGUCUCCAAAACCACAAAGAAGCUGAGUCCCAUACAGGAGACUAGUGUGGAGGCCAACUCUCUGACCUCACUGGGAGGACUGUCCGCUGGAAACUGCAGUCCACUGGAAGAAGACCAGGACCAGGAGGAGACAGAGCACGCUUCAUCACCUGGGCCAGUGGGGGGCGCUGCGGACCCCUGUGACCCGGAUGUUCGGCGGCGGCUGUUGGACCUCUGUGAUGUCACCGCCUCUCCUGGUUUUCACUCAGAGUCCCGGCCCCUCCCUGCCGUGUGCAGCUGUCUGCAGCUGGGGGGCGAGGUGUAUCACAUCUACUCCAGAGUUGUGGAUGGAGGAAGUUUCUCCAUCUAUAAAGGAGCUAAAAAGGACGACUGCGUGCUCAUCAAGGUUGACAGCUGCUGUGUUCCCUGGGAUUUUCACCAGUUUAACCGUCUGAAGAGGAGCCUGUCCUCCGCCGCCGACGGUCUUCCUCUGAUCAGCUGUUUCCUGUUCCUGGACGGCUGCAUCACCGUCUACACCAGUCCACCUGAUCGUAUGUUCACCGAGCUGACGGAGUGCGACGAUCCGGUUUGUCAUAAAGCUGAGGGUCUGCUACAGCUGGUGUCGCAGCUGCACUCCUGCGGGCUGCUGCAUGCAGCGCUGCAGCCAAGCAUUCUCACCUGUUCUCACAGAAGUUUCAUGAGUCCUGACUGGGUCUUCCUGGUGGACUGGUCUUCCUCCGUGGACUUGAACCUCCAGCAGGAUGUCACAUCCGUCCAGCAGCUCCCCUCAGCUCUGACUUACGUCAAUCUGGGUCUCCUGGAGCCAACCGCCCCGCCACAGCUGGUGGACCUGGUGGGCGUGGCCGAAACGGUCCACCUCCUCCUGACCAACAGCCGGAUGGUCCUGGUGAAAGACGACACCGGCUGGACGGCAGAGCGCUUCAGCGGAGACGGACCCUGCGACAUGUUUUCCAGGAUGUGGAGGAGGUUUUUCCGGCUGCUGCUGAACGCUGGCGGUCGCUCGUCGCUGUCCGUCCUGUCGGAGCUGGAGGAGCAGCUGGCGACACUCAAACACUGACAUCCUCUGUUCGUUCUGUCUGCUCGUUUGUCUUCGUAUAUCUGUGUUUUCAUAGCUAACUAACUCAAUAAAA